AGAAUCCAGGCCAGAGCCUGAACAGACUCUUUCAGGAAGUACCGAAACGAAGAAAUGGGUCUGAAGGGAACAUCACUACCCGAAUCCGAGCAUCGGAGACUGGUUCUGAUGAAGCCAUCAAGUCCAUCCUGGAACAAGCCAAGAGAGAACUGCAAGUGCAGAAAACCGCCGAGCCAGUCCAGCCAUCAUCCGCAUCCAGCAGUGGGAACUCUGACGAUGCCAUCCGCUCCAUCCUACAGCAGGCCCGCCGGGAAAUGGAGGCCCAGCAGGCUGCCCUUGACCCCGCCUUAAAGCCAGCUCCGCUGUCCCAGCCCGACCUCACCAUCCUCACCCCCAAGCUCCUGCCUGCCUCACCCAUGUCUACUGUGUCCACUUACCCGCCUCUCGCCAUUUCCCUGAAGAAAACCCCUACAGCACCUGAGGCCAGUGCCUCAGCCUUGCCCAGUGCCCCAGCCCUCAAAAAAGAGGCUCAGGAUGCACCCUUGCUGGACCCAGCAGGCUCAGCUGAUGCUGCCCAGGGGGUCCUGAGGCCAGUGAAGAGUGAGCUAGUCCGUGGCAGCACCUGGAAGGAUCCCUGGUGGAGCCCUGUGCAGCCUGAAAGAAGAAAUCUCACCUCCUCGGAAGAGACCAAGGCUGAUGAGGCAGCUGCAGGUGGGAGAGAAAAGGCAGGCAGCAGCCAGCCACGGGCUGAGCGCAGCCAGCUCCCAGGACCCUCCUCAUCAGCGGAAUACUGGAAGGAGUGGCCAAGUGCCGAGUCGCCAUACUCUCAGAGCUCAGAGCUGAGCCUCACUGGAGCCAGCCGCAGUGAGACACCCCAGAACAGCCCUCUGCCUUCCUCCCCGAUUGUGCCCAUGGCAAAGCCAGCCAAGCCCUCAGUGCCCCCACUGACUCCUGAGCAGUACGAGGUCUACAUGUAUCAGGAAGUGGACACCAUUGAGCUCACCCGGCAGGUCAAAGAGAAGCUGGCCAAGAAUGGCAUUUGCCAGAGGAUCUUUGGGGAGAAGGUGCUGGGCCUGUCCCAGGGCAGCGUCAGUGACAUGCUCUCUAGGCCAAAACCAUGGAGCAAACUGACCCAGAAAGGCCGAGAACCCUUCAUCCGGAUGCAGCUCUGGCUGAAUGGAGAGCUAGGCCAGGGUGUUCUGCCUGUGCAAGGGCAACAGCAAGGGCCAGUCCUCCACUCGGCGACAUCUCUGCAGGACGCCCUCCAGCAGGGCUGUGUGAGCUCAG